AUGGCUGAUCUUUAUUCACGAAAUGUUAAUACAAAAUUUUCCGGAUUAACGACAACGGUUGCUCUUUUUGGUGUUGUAGGAGGAUUGGCAAUCGUUGGUUUUGAAACUUUACGUCAAAUGCGUAGAUUACCAAAAACUAGAAUAGCGCAUAUAUGGAAGGAAGAUAAACUUGAAAGACAAGGUGGAAGGGGAGGCGUGGACCCAAAAGGUGAUGAUAAAGGUGGCAAUAGUAUUGCCUCUCGCGAAAAACUUACUUGUGAAGAUUGGGAAAUGGGUCAUUUGUACCUUGCAAGACAGUUUCAUCAUACCACUCCUUCACCACCGAUGUGGAGAUGGCCUUUCUCUUGGGCUUAUCAAGCGCUCAAAUUUGAUGAUUGGUUCUAUGCAACCCAUACAGGAAUGGAUACAGUGGUAUACGUCCGAUUUCUUCGGGCUUGUAUGUUUUGGAUUCUAUUGCAAACCCUUACGACUGCACCUCUUUUGCUGGCUGUCCAUUUCCAUUUCGCUGUUGAAUCCAACAAGGCUGCCGGUCAAUCAACAUCGCUAAACGAUAUGUCCCAAGCAUCACUAUCUUACCUCGUCACCACAACAUUAUGCAAAUGUCCUGAUGGAAGGGCAUAUCGAAAUUGCGAUCAUGUACCGAAUGAAGAUGGUAGAAAGUUGCUUUGGAUACAUUUGAUCUUGCUGUGGUAUAUCACAUUUACAUGGUUCUAUGCACUUUGGUGGAUCGCUAAAGGAAGUAUUCGGAUACGGCGUAGAUGGAUCAAUGAGAUUCGCAUCAAGCGUCAAGAGGCUGUCGAAGCAAAUGCGAAACGAAGUGCGAUCGCUGACGAUGCUGAUCAACCUGAAGCUGUAGUAGAUGCGAGGUAUGCACCUGAUGAACACCAAAAUGAUGAGAAUUUUGCUCCUAGACAUGUUUUGGAGGAAAAGCAUGGAUUUGGCAGUCUUGUACGAGGUGACGAUCAUGAUGGUUGGAGACAAAGAACUCUCUUGGUCACCAAUCUUCCUCCCACGAUGCGAGAUGAAGCCAGUAUCCGACGAUACUUCGAGGAGUUUCUACGACCAGACGAUGCAAGCUCGAUAUUGAGUUCUGAAGAGGACGAAGGUUUAGAGAGGAGUUCGACACGCAGGAAAGCAAGUACCGAUGAUAGAGAGCAGCAGAAUGCUGAGUCCAAUGAGGCGAGCACAGGUGAUACUGCGGUACAGACUUCGUCUUCCAAUCCAGACAAAGGCGAAAGUCCUAUAGAGCCAGCUGCUGAGGGUCCUCAAGGUCCAGAGCCUGACGUACAUCCUGAUCGUCAUCUUCGAAGCCCGGUACAAACGGUAGUCUUGGUGCGAAAAAUGAAUGAGCUCUCUUCCAUGUUGAGCAGAAGACAGGAAGUGUUGGCAAAACUGGAAGCUGCACAUAUCAAACUUGCGCAGACUGUGAUGCUCAAGGUGGGCAGAAAUGCUCAAAGUAUGCGCUCCAAGAAUGCAAAGAAUGGGGGACAGGGCGGUUUGAACGGACUUGGACGUGGAUAUUUGAACCGUUCAAGAUUGGGAAGAAAACGGCAACAAGAAGCAAGCGAAUUCGAAGACGAAAAGGGCAAAACAAACGGCGAUGUUGAGAAUGAAGCAGGUGUCAAGCUCAGCGAGACCAAAGUGAAAGUCAACGAGCUCACUAGAAAGUUGGCACGAUUCUCACCCAACAACCAAGGAUUACAUAAGCGCGAAGCACAAACGAGGGGUGAUGAUGAAGUUGGUGGUAAUGAGAUGGCAGAAACGGUAUGGGAAGCACUCUCACAAGUUCCUCGUGAGCUUUUGGAUCCUUUCCAACCGGUCACACGUCUUUCCUCACUUUUCCGCGGUCAAAAGGUGCCGACGAUCGACUAUCUUUUGACAAAGCUCAACCUUCUAACCGCUCUCGUAACCGAAAUGCGAGCUCGUCCACCAACCAGCUAUGAAGCUACAUCAACCGCUUUUGUUACCUUUCGUGAUCCACGUCAAGCACGUAUGGUUUGGCGUGAGUUGAAAACGCAAAUCGUUGUCAAAGUUCGUCUUGCACCAGAAGUGAAAGAUUUGGAUUGGGAACGAUUGAUGAGAACAAGCUUUACGGGAGAUAUCGUUCGUGGAGUUGGUGUGAAUGUUUUCUUCUGGGUUUUCACAAUCGUUUGGGUUAUUCCCGUCAGUUUACUUACCACCUCACUUUUCUCGGUGGAUAAGCUAGAAGCCAUUUUCCCCGUCUUGAACACCUUUUUCAAGGACAAUCCCAAAUUUGAAGGUUUCGUCAGUGUUACAUUGCCAACAAUGAUCGUCACACUCUUGACAUUGCUUAUCCCUGAAUUAAUUUUCCAGAUCAGCAAACGAGCACAAGGAUUUGUAACCUUCAGUGCAUUGUACGACCAAUGUCUUUGUCGGUACUGGAAGUUUAUCAUUUGCAAUGUUGUCAUCUUUUUCUGCAUUGGUGCAACUACCGUGCAAAGUAUCAUCUUCCAAUUGGGUACGGAUAACAACGUUUUAAACGCUGUGGCUUUCUCUUUCCCAACUGCUGCACCCUUUUACAUUUCGUAUUUGAUUCUAGGAUUGGGUGUUCACACCGGGUUCGAAUUGCUCGGUUUUAUGGUCCCUCUCAUUCAACAUAUGGGAGCAAGGAAUGCAUCAACACCACGUUCAAGGGCAAUCAAGACGUUACCGAGAAAUUUCAAUCGAUACUACUGGUUACCACUUCACAUUCUGAUUAUGUCAAUCGUCUUUUUGUUCGCCCUUCUCAAUCCUUUGGUUAUUCCUUUCGCUUUGGUCUACAGCUGGGUAGCUUUGACGGUAUUCAAAAAGAACUUUGCUUACCAAUAUUUCCGACGAUUCAACGAGAAAGAAGGUGUCAUCUAUUACAUCCGUCUGUUCAGAUUCACGUUGGAUGGUCUCUUGAUUGCUCAAGUUGUGCUUUUGAUCUUCUUCAGUGUUACCAAGCAAGAGGCAGCCUACAUCGCUCUUACUGCCGUUUUGUUGCCUAUCAACGUCGGAGUAAAAUUGUUGGGAACCCGCCUAUGGAAAUCGCAAUGCCGUGCCCUUGAAGAUGAAGAAGCGAAUGCUUUAUGCGGAAUCGGAUCCUCAGAACCAAUGAGUGCAGGUGUGCAACGAGACUAUGUCGGUCAAAGCUCCAUGUAUGGGCAAGCAGAAGAUCAUUCGACAUAUGCCAAUCCACUGGAUGCCCGUGCAAGUGGUCGUUAUCCAGCUAUCAUUACUAUGCCAGAAAGUAAGUCGCGAUUUGCCAAUCUGUGGAAUCGAUUGCACGAUAGCUUCAAUGCUAAUGGAUAUGAUCGACCAAGCUAUUUGGCCACGCAAAGGAUGCACGGUAGAGGAUUGAGUGCAAAGACGGUUACUCAGGCUGUUGCAAGUGCACCGGUGAAUGCAGCCAAGAAGAAUAUGAAAAAGUCUCGUCAUUUGGCCGAAGCAACAAAGAAUGUUGCAGCCGUUCCGGCAAGCGGAUUCAAAUUACGCAAACAACUUGCAGUCUCUUCCACCUUUCCAGCCGGUAAAAGCGAUGAAGAAAUACCAAUUUCUCCAAGUGAUAUGCCAUUGCAAGGUGGUCCGUUGAUAGGUGCUUCAGCCCGUGAACUGAAGAAUACCCUCGAUGGAACUGAAGAGCCCAUGACAACGGUGGCCAAGAUGCGAGCUGCAUCUAAGAAACACGGAAGGAUCAGCUCUCAUCACCAUCGAAGGCAGAGAUCUGAUGAAGCUCCUUUCUUGUCUGGCUAUGAAACAAUUGCAACGCAUGCUCCUAUCAUUGGUAGCGACAACGGCAGUAUUUCUAGCUAUGGAGAUGGAGAAUAUGAAGAAAUGCUCAGUCUACAAAGGCGUGAGUAUGCUGCUGAGCAUAGACGCAGACGAUCUCAUGCACGCAGAUCUGCCUCGCAUGGCAAACCUAGCAGAACAUUUUCACAAAGACUCAACCUUCAAGCUGGUGACUUGAGAGAUCCUCUUGGAGCGCAUACGUUAGAUGAACAAGAACAAACUGAUCAUCUGGAAUCAGAGCCCAACUCCGCUGUAACGCAAAGCGAUGAUCUAGCUGGAAAGACUAAGCUGGGAAGCGAUGAAGUUUAUGAAAAGGAUGAUGAAGACGACUAUGAAGAUUCGAUGGAUGGCGGACCUCUUGUUAAGCCUCACACAAAAGUGCAAUGGGAUGAUACGCCGAACAACCAUGCUCGUUACAAUAAUCCAUUCUAUAGCGUCGAAUUGGAUCCUUUCCUUUGGUUGCCGCGCGAUCCUAUGGCGCCUGUCGACCUUUGCGAUACGAUCGAAUGGCAUGGACCUGCUCUUGUAAGCUCUCAAGGCGGUCUUGGUCGUAUGGGCGAAUGGGAAGAAGAUGAAGAUGAAGAAAGUGAAUGUGUGGAUGAAGAAGGCGGCUAUGAGCUUGAAGAUGGUGCAAGUGUGCGCAGUAUUCAUUCUAACCAGAUUCAUGGAAAUGAGCAUAUUGAGAUCACGGGCACAUUGGCACAACGUAUUCAAGAAGCGGAAGAUCUUGAUGAUACUGCUGAUCCAGCAGCAUCUAUUCCUCGCAAUUUGUUGGGUGACUAUAAACGCGCUUUAGAUGAAAAUGAA